AUGAAGUGCUUCAGUUUCCUCAAGACCAUGAUGAUUCUCUUCAACCUGAUUAUUUUUCUGUCUGGUGCGGCCCUGCUGGCUGUGGGCAUCUGGGUAUCGGUGGAUGGGCCAUCCUUCCUGAAGAUCUUCGGGCCGAUGUCGUCCAGUGCUGUGCAGUUUGUCAACGUGGGCUACUUCCUCAUCGCAGCUGGUGCUGUGCUCCUUGCCCUUGGUUUCCUGGGCUGCUAUGGUGCUCAAAGCGAGAACAAGUGUGCUCUCAUGAUGUUCUUCUCCAUCCUCCUCAUCAUCUUCAUUGCUGAAGUUGCUGCUGCUGUGGUCGCUUUGGUGUACACCGCAAUGGCUGAGAACUUCCUGACAGCAGUGGUAGUACCUGCCAUCAAGAAAGACUAUGGUCAGCAGAAAGACUUCUCCCAAGUGUGGAAUAUCACAAUGGAAAACCUCAAAUGCUGUGGCUUCAACAACUAUACAGAUUUUGAAGACUCUCCCUAUUUUAAGGAAAACCAUGCCUUUCCUCCACCCUGCUGCAACCACACAGUCAGUGAACCCUGUAGCAAGAUGGAUGCUGAGAAAUACGAAGUGCAGGGUUGCUUCAAGCAGCUUCUUCAUGACAUCAGGACCAAUGCAGCCACUGUGGGUGGCGUAGCAGCUGGAAUUGGGGCCCUGGAGCUGGCUGCCAUGAUUGUGUCCAUGUAUCUGUAUUGCAAUCUGAAAUGA